GCGAGUCGGUCUAAAGUUAACUCUGGUCAAUCGGCCACGGGCCACGGGCCACGGACCGCGGACCGCGGACCGCGGGUCAAGUUCGUUCGCGGAAAAUACCUCAAUUCGUAAACAUUUAUAACGAGCAUGUAUCUAUCAUUAAUGGUUGCAAUUGCAAUAUUAACUUUAAUUUUUAUCUUCAUUUCGUUACCUAAGUUCCAUUCGUUACUUUCGUCUUGCAUCACGCUUCAGCGGAUCCACAGAAACAACUCGAGCAGGACCUCCAACUUCCGCUCUUGUGAAUUUCAUGCAAAUUUUAACUCCAGCGAGGAAAGUUCAGGCGGCGCUGAAGUCGCUUCUCUACAUGCAAAUAUUUAGUUGUAUAAAUAUUUUCUCCAACUUUUCUUGAAAACCACAAUCAAAAUGGCUCUAAAACAUGUAGUCAUAGGUGGGGGUACCGGCUUUAUUGGAAGGCAGAUAAUUAAUUCGUUAACAGGCAAAGGUGUUUCGCAUACGUGUAUAUCUCGCAUGCCUGGACCUAAUCGAAUAUCAUGGCACGAUUUGGAAUGUUACGGUUUACCUGAAAACACGACCGCCGUAAUUAAUGUUGCUGGUCAAAAUGUACUUGAUCCGAAACAACGAUGGUCCGAAGGAUUUAAACAGAAUGUUAUAAACAGCCGUGUAAAGACGACAAAGUUGUUGGCCGAAGCUAUAAUAAAUACUAAAGCCGAUGCUUUUCUAACAAUUUCUGGAGUAGCUUAUUAUAAACCGAAUAACAUUGAAUACACAGAAGAAAGCAAAUGCGAAAAGUAUGAUUUCCUAUCAGAGCUCUGUCACGAUUGGGAAAGAGCUGCUCAGCUUCCAAAAGAUAGCGCUACCAGACAGGUAAUAAUUAGAUCCGGAGUUGUAUUAGGAAAAGAUGGCGGUAUGAUUAAACAAAUAUAUUUGCCAUUUUUUAUCGGUUUGGGUGGUCCUAUCGGUAAUGGCAAUCAGUACAUGCCUUGGAUACACGUAACCGAUCUUGUUAAUAUGUUUUUCUUUUCUCUUGACAACAAAAAUGUCCAAGGUAUAUUAAACGGUGUUGCUCCGGAGAUUAUAACCAAUAAAGAAUUUACUAAGGUGUUUGCGUCAACGAUGCGAAGACCUGCCGUUAUUCCUAUACCGCGCGUUGCAUUAAAUAUCCUUUUCAAUAAAGAACGUGCAAAAAUUAUGUUGGAAGGACAAAAAGUUGUACCAAAACGCGUCAAAGAGUUAGGCUUUCGCUACCAAUUUCCCGAUAUUCACUCUGCUUGUUCUGAAAUACUUGUUGGUAAAAGUAUUGGACGACAGCAAUGAAGAAACAGUUACAGUAAAAUAUGUUUAUAUAUUUUUUAUAUAAAAAAUACUGAUGUAUGUUUAAUUUACUAAUUUUCAGGAGUUACAAUUCCCUCAACUUACCACCAAUUAACAUAUUAGUGGUACAUAGCGUAUUUAUUUUCUAGAUAAUAAUAAUAAAAUAACAGAUUGAAACGCA